AUGCGAAUUCCCCAAGAAAGCACCAUUCCGAAUGGCGGCCGGUCAAUCUCAUGGGGCAUUCCGCCAUGGGGGCUGGCAUUCUUCCUCGCCGACCCUAGCAUUCCAGCCAAACGAGCGCACCCUAUUCUUACGUUGAUAACGCGACCUUCUCUGAAGAUCCUCCCACGUCUAGUUACUUUGAACCGCCCCGCUCGUCCUUUCAAGACAUCUUAUCUCCCGUCCUACAGUCGGUGA